AUGGAGCAUAAAGAGCACGAAGGGGUUACAGAGCAGAAGACAGCUGAGGAACAAGGGCAAGAUGGAGAGCGGAAAUCAGAAGAAGAGGAGACAUUGUCUCUCAUCGGGGUCUUUCUAAACAUUAGUGAGACAACGGCAUUGAGAACUAUCCUUUCGGCAGCAGAUCCUUCCGUCCCGUUUCGGGCACGACGAAAACUCUAUAAGCUCGCAUUCGACGAAAAGAAUUGGGACCGUCUUGAUGAAUUCAUCCAUAUGGUUCCGCCGUCCAUGGAGGAUAUCAUUAAUACGCUGGCACAUGUAUUGAUGUCUAAGGACAAACAUGAGGCUAGGAGGCUCAUCCAUAUCUCCAAGCGUGAACAAGUUUGCUCUAAGGACGCGACUACAGUUGCGGAGGAGGUAGUCAGCGGUUGCUCCCAAUUGAUAGAAACGCAAACACCAAGCGAUCUAUCACUUUUCCUGGAUUACGUUUCUCACCUUGGAGUCUCACUUACGCGGAGACAUAAGCUUGACGCUCUUCCUACCCAGUCUGCGAUAUUACCUGCCGCGAUAUCACAGGUUCAGCGAUUUAUGGAGAUUCUUAUUGAGAGAAACAGUGUGACUACUCGAAUGAGGCCUUUCACCAUUCGCUCCAUCUGGCAGGUCGAAUCAGAAGGAGAAGAGAAGUUCACCGUUCGGCAUGAAAGGGUUCCUCCCGAAGGAAUGCCCGACUGGCCACUAUAUUGUGCUAUCACAUUCACGUUUGAUCCCAAGUCCAUCGCAUUUCUUUGCCGCGCAGGCGCCAGGAUCGAUAUCGACUCUACUUAUACCAGAGGUGAGCAACGACAGCCGGCAGUUAUAAUGAAGCUGCAGCGAAAGUCAGCACUAGAUGAAGCCAGACAGGACUUUAUCAAUCUCAAAGAGCUUUGUAACACGUUAGCGAAGGUGGGUACAAAUCCACGAUUUCAGGAGUUAACGAAUCGCGGAUCUGGUGAUUAUUAUCAAUACUACUAUGAUGGGAUCCUGUGA